AUGGAUUUGACUGGAUUCACUGAAGAACAGCUCACUGUCCGCGAAGCAGUCUCGCACGUCUGCUCUCAAUUCCCGUCUAGUUACUGGCAGGAAUGCGAUCAGGAAGAAAAAGAUCCCAAGGAAUUCCAUGCUGCGCUUGCAAAGGAUGGUUGGCUGGGUAUUGCCUUGCCUGAAGAGCUUGGUGGGUCAGGAUUAGGAAUUUCCGAGGCUACAAUAAUGAUGCAGACCAUCACUCAGUCCGGUGCAGGCAUGGCAGGGGCACAGUCAAUACAUGCCAAUGUCUACGCAACUCAGCCACUAGCGAAGUUCGGCACAAAAGAGCAGGUCGAAAAGCUGAUUCCAGAUAUCAUCAAUGGCUCCUGGCGCACAUGCUUUGGUGUAACGGAGCCCAAUACGGGACUUGACACGCUAAGACUCAAGACAACGGCAACGAAAAAAUCGGACAAUACGUACCUUGUCUCCGGUCAGAAGAUCUGGAUUACAUGUGCACAGGUUGCAUCCGUAAUGAUUCUUCUUGCGCGCACGACGCCACUGGAAGAAACUCAGAAGCCGACUGAAGGUUUGUCCAUGUUUGCUAUCAAUCUAGAUCGCACGAACCCUGGUUUAGAAUUGAAAAAGAUCAAGAAAAUGGGUGGAAGAGCUGUCGAUGCCAAUGAGGUUUUCUUCGAUAAAUAUGAGAUACUCGCCGAUACUUUGAUCGGCAAGGAAAAUGACGGAUUCAGAAUCAUCCUUCACGGCAUGAACGCCGAACGGUGUCUGCUAGCUGGCGAGGCUCUGGGACUUGGAUAUGCUGCUCUGGAAAAAGCCUCGCAUUACGCCAACGAGCGCCAAGUGUUUGGACGCCCGAUUGGUAAAAACCAGGCCAUCGCUCAUCCUCUGGCGGACGCAUACAUGAGACUCGAAGCAGCUAAACUGGCUACAUACCACGCAGCUCGGAUAUACGAUGCUUCCAAGACCGACAGCUCGAUUUCAUUGCAGUCCGUGGGGACGGCUUGCAAUAGUGCCAAAUACCUGGCUGCUGAGGCCGCUUAUACAGCCUGCGAACGCGCUGUUAUGACCCACGGUGGCAUGGGCUAUGCGGUGGAGUAUGAUGUCGAGCGAUGGUUGAGGGAAUGUUUUGUACCUCGCAUUGCACCUGUCAGCCGCGAGAUGAUUCUGAACUAUAUUAGUGAGAAGGUAUUGCAUCUUCCUAGGAGUUAUUGA